AUGAAUAGAUGUGCUGGAGGUUUGAUUGGAGGUGGUGGAUAUUGGAGCUUGGAUUUUGAGGUGGUGGUGGAAGAAUUCGAAUGGAUGUGGGAGGAUUUGAAUGGAGGUAGAGGAGAUUUGGAGGUUUAUUUUGAAGUGGCGACAGGAUUUGAUAUGGUAAUGGAAGAGUUCGAAUGGAUAAAAGAAGAGGUCAUCGAAAGAGGUGGUAAUUUUGAUGGUGAACCUCAGAUAUCCAAGAGAUAUCCCGGUCUGUGUGGUAGAAUCAUCAGUUGGAAAACUAUUACUACCAUUCUCAAAACUUUCCAAUAUCAAGACAUAGAAGGAACAUCUGAGGUUAUUUCUGAAACUCAUGAAGGACCAACUGAGGUUAUUUGUGGAAAUACUCAAAGUUAA